CACUUCCCGAUUUGAAUCUUUUCGGUUCUGACUUAAUGGAACAAUUUAAAUUGUGGAACCAACCAAUUGAUUCGUAUACAUCGUGUAAACAACUUCAAGUUAACAACACACUCACAGAAUCUGAAUUGCGUAAAACAUACCCAGAAGUUUUUAGGAAUGAAAUUGGACACUGCACUCAUUUUAAAGUUCACCCACAAAUUAAACCACAAGUCGUUCCUGUUUUUCGUCCUAAAAGGCAAGUAGCGUAUGCAGCAAAAGAUCAACUAGACAGUGAAAUUCAAAAACUUGAACGUGAAGGUAUCAUUUCACCAAUAAAUUUUUCUGAAUGGGCUGCACCCAUUGUGGUGGUGAAAAAGGCUUCUGGUAAUCUACGUAUUUGUGGGGAUUACUCCACUGGACUAAAUGAUCAGCUAGAACCUCACACGUUUCCACUACCUCUUCCAGAUGAAAUUUUUAUAAAUUUUAACAACUGUUCAAUAUUUUCAAUAAUUGAUUUAAAUAAUGCCUACAUGCAAAUAGAAGUCGACGAUGACACGAAAAAACUACUAGUUAUUAACACUCAUCGUGGCUUGCACACUUUUAAUCGGCUUGGCCCAGGUGUGAGAUCGGCUCCUGGUGCUUUUCAACAGUGUAUGGAAUCAAUUAUUUCUGGUAUUAAAGGCGUUUUUCCUUAUCUGGACGAUGUUAUUGUAGCUACACCAACACGCGAAGAAAAUAUAGCAGCUGUAAAACAGGUAUUUGAACGUUUAAAAAAAUACAACAUUACAGUGAAUUUUGAAAAAUGCAAAUUUUUUAAAACUUCGUGUACAUACCUUGGUUACCAUUUCGACAAAAAAGGCGUUUAUCCAGAUAAAAAUAUUAACUACUACGGUAAAUUUCUACAUGAAAUGAGAAAGCUUAGAGAUCCUUUGGAUAAUUUACUCAAGAAAAACACAGCAUGGAAUUGGUCAUCUUCAUGUCAACGCAGUUUUGAACGGUUUAAACAGCUUCUGUCAUCUGAUUUGUUGCUUACUCACUUUGAUCCAAAGCUUCCUAUCAAAGUAGCAGCUGACGCCUCAAACGUUGGACUGGGUGCAUACAUCUGUCAUGUUUUCUCUCUCACUCCAGCUGAGAAAAAUUACUCUCAAUUGGCGCUGGUUUUCGCUGUAAAUAAAUUCCAUAAAUAUUUAUUUGGUAGAAAAUUUAUUCUUCAAACGGAUCACAAGCCCCUGCUUUCAAUUUUUGGAAAUAAAAAAGGAAUUCCGGCACAUUCUGCAAACCGUCUCCAGCGAUGGGCUCUUACACUCAUGUCAUACGAUUUUACUUUGCAAUACAUUUCAACUCAUGAAUUCGGAGCAGCUGAUAUUUUAUCUCGUCUAAUUUUCAAUGUACCAAAACCAAACGAAGACACUAUCAUCGCUUGUAUUCAAUUGGAAGAUGACAUCAAAAAGGUAAUUAACGAUAUCACAAAUGCCUUGCCGUUAACAUUCAACAUGAUUUGUGCUGCAACUAAAAAGGAUUCAAAUCUCCAAGAUCUUAUAAAAUUCUUACAAACUGGUAAGUGGCCAAAUGAAAAAUCUUCUGAUAUUCAGUGUUAUUUUUCGAGAAAACAAGAUUUAAGUAUUGUUGAUGAUUGUGUUAUGUACGGGAAGCGUAUUAUAAUACCCAGCUGUUUUAGAAAACGCAUUCUAAAAGAAUUACACAAAGGUCAUCAUGGUAUCGAGAGGACAAAGGCACUGGCUCGCAGUUAUGUUUAUUGGCCCCAUAUGGAUGAUGAAAUUAAAAGGUAUGUACUGAAUUGUACCAAAUGCUCUUCAGUAGCAAAAUCGUUACCAAAAACUUCACUUUAUUCAUGGCCAUUAACAAAACAACCUAUGGAAAGAGUUCAUAUAGAUAUAGCCGGUCCUGUUGAUAAUUUUUAUUAUUUCGUAAUAGUAGAUUCAUUUUCGAAGUGGCCACAAAUUUAUCAAAUUAAAUCGAUUUCUUCAAAUUCAAUUAUAAAUUGUAUGCGCGAUUUCACUUCAUUGUUUGGAAACCCUGAAUUAAUAGUGAGUGAUAAUGGAACUCAGUUCUCCAGCAGCAUGUUUUUCAAGUUUUGUCAAGAAAAUGGUAUUUUACACAAAUUCACAGCUCCAUACCACCCUCAAUCAAAUGGUCAGGCAGAAAGGUUCGUUGACACUUUAAAGCGCGCUUUGAAAAAACUCGAAGGAAUGGGCACUGCUAGUGAAAAUCUACAAACAUUUUUAAAAUGUUAUCGUUCUUCACCAAAUCCUAGCUCUGGUGGCAAAUCGCCUUCUGAAUUGUUCGUGGGGAGAAAAAUAAGGAUUAAUCUUGAUCUACUUAAAAAACCAACAGAAUCCCAAUUACAACGAAACGAGAAAAUGGAAGAACAAUAUAACAAACGUAAUGGUGCUAAAGAGCGGAUAUACAAUAUUGGUCAGAAAGUUUACGCAAAAUUAUACAAAUUAAAUAAAUCUGAAUGGUUCCCAGGUAUUAUCAAACGAAAACUCGGAAAUGUCAAUUACGAAGUCGAAAUCGAAAACAUUCCUGAAUUUCGUGCAGUUAGAUCUCAUACAAACCAACUAAGACCUCGUUAUUCUGAAUCUGAGAACAUAGCAGCUAAUGAUGUUUUAUUUGAUUAUUUCAAUUUAACAGCUCAACAGACUCCUCCUAGAGAUCAAAAUAUGAGAGACAAUGAAUUUGAAUAUGUACCACUCACUGAUGGACAGACUACAUCUACAGAUGAAUUGCAACCUGUUCAAGAUCCACUUCUAGUUACUUCACCAUCUGGUUCAACAAACGUGAAUAGUCAACCGACAACUUUAAAAAAGUUAACGUCAACAUUAGAAGAAUGUGCAUCGACUAGUAAUUCAACAACAGAUCCUGGAGUUCAAACAGAUGAAGCUUCCCCAGCUCUUCGAAGGUCAAAUCGUAGGAAGCAUCCUCCUGUAUGGACUCCAGAUUAUCAUCUUCUUAAAAGAAAGAGAGAUGUUGGCAACCCCAAAUAA